GUCACACCAGCCAUGUGCCGUCCUACACGGCCCUCCUUCGCGCAGCCCAAGAACUGCUCCGUCAUCCCCGGAUCCUGGCUGGAAUAUGCGGCCGGCCUGCCGAUGCAGUCAUCCAAGUUUGCUGGCAGCGCAUUGCCCAAUGCGGCAGCUGUGAAAUGUCAUCGCGCCAACCAACGUCCCAAGCCUCCCCCUCUCGUGCCCCCCUUGCGCCCCUCUUCAGCCCCUCUCGUAGGAUUCCUCUGCAUGCUCCGCAUCAAGCUGCACUUCGGCCGAUCUCAGACCCCGCGAUGCACCCCGUGACGGGGCGAUCGCCAGUGCCGGUCCCUCGGCCGCCAUCCGGUCCUCUCGGCAGCGAAUGGUUGUCCUCGCCAAGUCGCAUGACCGCUCCGCUUCAGAUGGAAGUUGGAUGGAGGCUCGAACACUCUGCCUGUUCACGUCGCAGCCAAGCAACAGUCGUAUUGUUCCAGCACGGGAGAAUACGGACGGCAGAGAAUUCUCGAUGCUCCAUUACCAUGAUCUUACCCUCACGCCACACCAUCAUCAUCGGGUGCUGCCAUUGCUAUCUGCCAACGUUGUCUCAUCCUUACAAUUGGCUUUCACUCGUUCUGGCACAGUAAAGGGUUUCGCCAUGCUUAUCCUCUUGCAAUUGCCCCUCCUGCUAUGCGCCUGGCUCCUGGCGGGCGCCGAGGCCGCCGCGCCGUACAAGCUCCUGGCGCCUCCGCUGGACACGCCCUGGACCAGCAAGGUCGGCACCAAUCCCUGGCCGCAGUAUCCCCGCCCGCAGCUCCGUCGUGAUGCCUGGCAGUCGCUCAACGGAAUCUGGACCUACCAGCCCGCUCAGGGCGCCGGCGAUGUCGCCAACCCCCCGGCGCUGCCGCUCUCCCAGGAGGUGCUCAUCCCCUCGUGCAUCGAGAGCGGCAUCUCGGGCAUCAUGAAGAUGGGAGUGACCCACAUGUGGUUCGGCACGACCUUCACGAUUCCGCCUAACUGGCCAAAGGGCCAGCGGGUCCUGCUCAACUUCGAGGCCGUCGACUACGAGGCCACCGUCUUCGUCAACGGUACUCAGGUCGGCUUCCACCGCGGCGGCUACUCGCGCUUCUCGCUCGACAUCACGAGCCACGUCGUUCGGAAUGGCCCCAAUCAGGUGCACGUCUUCGUCUUUGACCCUACCGAUGACCAGAGCAUCCCGCAGGGCAAGCAGACCAAGCGGCUGUCCCACAUUUUCUACACGCCCUGCACCGGGAUCUGGCAGACUGUCUGGCUCGAGACGGUCCCCGACAACUACAUCACGGGCGUGGAUAUCGCAGCCGACAUGCACGGAACGGUCAACGUGACUGUUCACAGCCGCACCCAGAAGUCGACGCCAGUCAAGGUUUCCGUGGAAGGCGAGCAGGGCGGCAUUAUCGCCUCCCAGUUGCAUGCGUCCGACGAGCCCUUCACCUUCUCCGUUUCCUCGCCCAAGCUCUGGUCGCCCGAUUCGCCCACCCUGUACAACGUCACGAUCACCAUGGGGACCGACGUGGUGAAGAGCUACACCGGCUUCCGCACCAUCUCGUCCGGCGUGGUCCACGGGAUCAAGCGCCCGCUGCUCAAUGGCGAGUUCGUGUUUCUGUUUGGCCCGCUAGACCAGGGAUUCUGGCCCGACGGCAUUUACACGCCGCCGACGAUCGAGGCGAUGGUCUACGAUCUGAAGGUCAUCAAGGGCCUGGGCAUGAACAUGCUGCGCAAGCACAUCAAAGUCGAGACCGACCUCUUCUACGAGGCGUGCGACCGGCUGGGCCUCAUGGUAAUCCAGGACAUGCCGUCGAUGCGCGUGUACACCAACGCGCGGCCGUCCGACGCCGAGCAGGCCGAGUUCCAGCGCCAGCUCGAGGUCAUGGUCAACGACCACAAGAGCCACCCCAGCAUCGUCACCUGGAUCAUCUACAACGAAGGCUGGGGCCAGCGGACCGACUACUUCCCGGAGUUUGCCAUCACCGACCGCAUCCGCCAGCUUGACCCGACCCGACUGGUGGACGCCGUUACAGGCUGGUAUGACCACGGCGCCGGAGACUUCUCUGACAACCACCACUACGCCGACCCGCAGUGCGGCACGCCCUUUUACUCGCUCAACUCCUCGCCGUUCGAUCCCAACCGCAUCGGCUUCCAGGGCGAGUUCGGCGGCAUCGGCCUGCGCCCGGCAGACGCCAACCUCUGGCCGGUCCCGGAAGCCGUCGCGACGAUCAACCAGACGUACGAGCUGCACGAGGGCGCGGACUCGUUCCACUACCGCGCGCACGUGCUGCUGGGCCUGCUGCGCGACCAGGUCGAGCGCUGGGCCUGCAGCGGCGCCGUGUACACGCAGACGACCGACGUCGAGGGCGAGGUCAACGGGCUGAUGACGUACGACCGCCGCGUCGUGCGCGUCGACCAGGACCGCUGGCGCCAGGACAUCGCCGCGCUGUACCGGGCGGCUAAGGCGAGGGCGUGAUCGUCCCUCGCGGUGGAGAGAUGGAUGGAUGGAUAGAUGGGGGAGGGGUGUGUGGGGUGUUAUUUAGGCGGGAGGGAGGAACAGGGGACAGGAUGUGUAGGUGAGCUCGCGCGAUCGUGCGUAAAGAGCUGGAUACGGGGUUGAGUAGAGCGUUAUCUUGUCGUCUAGUCUUCAGCCAGCUUCGUGGUUCUGGCUGAGCACCGACAAGAAAUUCAGAGAGUUAUCCCUCCCA